AACCAAUAUAAAUAGUUUUAAAUGUCUACACAGCACAAUAUCACCUAAACGGGUUCUGUUUACUAAAGGUGGAAUGACGCCUUUUUGUAGUUUUCUAAGUGCUGCCGCGGCUGGUGAUGACGACAUAUUUCCCCGACUUGUGGUUCCUGUCAGGAUGAAGCUGGAGCUGUCCCGGGUGAUUAAUGGAAGAAGUCGCCUGGGUGUCCUAAAGGGGAUCGGCAGGACGGGACAGCACUCCCUGGAGGUCCCUGGGUGCUUGCUCUACACACAUUUGGGCACAGUCCCCCACCUCACCCAGGACACACUGCACACAGUGAGCAACCUCCCCUCUGUCACCCAGGUCACCUUGUCCAAUAUAGCAGAGCACCAUGAGGUGUUAGAGCAUUUCAAGGAUGGAUUCAGGAAGUUUGCAGGUCUUCAUGAUACUGUGUUGUACUGCUCCCUUCACGACCCGGCGGCUCCCUGCCCAACAGGUUAUACUACAAACAAGACGGUGUCGGUGUGGGGGAGCCCCGGGCGGAUAGAGCUGACAGUGGCCAAGUUCAUGGCUCUUCAGAAGACCGUGCAGCCAGACUGGUACCAGAGCAUGGCAGACGGCGAGACGUGGCAGAACAACACCUCCCGCAAACGGGUUCAAAAGUCGGUGAAUAGAACUCUGGCUCACUUGGAUGAGUGCCUGCUGGUGCACCAAAACUCACAGGAGUUGGAAGGAGUUGAGGUGUUUGGUGUGGUGGAGGGAGGAGAUAUCCUGGAAGAAAGGGUACGCUCUGCAAGGGAGACAGCCAAGAGGCCAGUGGCAGGAUUCUGCCUGGACGGCCUACAGACAGGCUCCAUGGACCAGGACUUGAGGAACCAGCUCACUGCUGCUGUGACCAAGGAGCUGCCUGAGGACAAACCCAGGCUGCUGCAGGGUGUAGGACAUCCUGAUGAGGUCCUGGCCUGUGUGGAGGCCGGCGUGGAUCUGUUUGAGGGUUUCUUCCCCUUCCAGGUGACAGAACGAGGUUGUGCUCUCUGCUUCAACUUUGACAUUUCCCCAGACCCGGAGCGUGCAGGUAGAGCGCCGCGUGCAGUGUUGGAGCUAAACAAAGAGGACGACGCAGCCAGGGACACUGAACCAAAUGGAGAGCUUGAUCUUGAUCAAACACAGACCAUGUACUUUGAGAUCAAUCUUAAAGACAAGAGGCACCAGGAUGACUUCAGGCCUUUGGUGGAGGGGUGUGGCUGCUACUGCUGUAUGAACCACCAGAGGGCAUACCUGCACCACCUGCUGGUGACCAAUGAGCUGCUGGCCGGAGUCCUGCUCAUGAUCCACAACACAGCCCACUAUCUCAGCUUCUUUGGUGCAGUGAGAGAAGCUCUGGCUAAAGACAGACUGGAUCUCCUCAAGAGGCGGGUACUUGGGAAGAGAGGUGGGAUGGAUACAUCAGCAAAAGAGCCAAGGGAUUGAUCUUGCUCCUCCUCUAAAGGACUGACUUGGCCAGAGGGAGUAAAAGCUCUGUCUCACUGAGUCACUCCACAUGUUGCAUGAUUAAAAGAGAACAGAGCAGAUAGAGCAGUUCUGAUGUCUGUCCCUUGGGGUCCUCGCUUGGUCUUGCAUCCGGAAAACCACUCCUGUAUUGAUCUGUCUGUAAGCCAGGAGACAGUUGGAGUUAGGUUGCUGAAAAUUGAAAGGUGCUGCUUGAGAGGUUAAGAGGAAUUUGCAUAAUGACAGAAAUGUGAGAAUGAGAGGCAGUGGAGUAGGAUGAAUCCCUGUACGCCUCCUGUUGUGGACUGAUUGCAAGUCAGCAGAUGACUAAUUCCCUCAGCACUCAUUGACAGUAGCAUAGACCAGAGAGAGAGCCAACAACUGUGACCAGGUUUUACAGGGAAACAAAUGGCUGUGAUAGGUGCUGCUUUUCUCCUGUUUUACAUUAAACUGUUUUUGU